UUUCAUGGGCAGAGGGAUCAAGGAUGGGUUUGUGGCAUUUACUGAGCAGCAAAGGCUGUUGGAUGCGUCUCACUCUUAGUCACAAAAAAGUGUCAGUCGGCCUGGAAUUUGUUGGUGUGACUGUGAGGAGAGGGGUUUAAAGACAUGGCCAUGCAGCAACAUAGUGGGGAACAGUUGAAGAUUUCAGAGGCAACAGCGAGUGUAUGUGUAUAAUUAUGGGAUGUAGUUAUUACAGAUAAAUGUAUUACCGGAUGAUGUUGUAGAUUAUAGUAAAUGUUCUAUAACAAACUCUGGAAUCUCCCCGCCCUCACCUGCCCCCGGAACCAAUCGCCUGGCGCUGGCAGAAGCGGUUCCUCCCGGACAAGAUAUUGCGGCAACGUCCGGUCCGUCAGUUGUAUCUUCCCCCGGGGCCGGAAAAGCAGGAGUCAGGAUUGGUUGGAUAAUUAAGAAUGGACUGUCUUGAUAAUAUGUUGACAGACCCCUUGGAACUGGGAUCUGCUCCUGAGGUCAAUGGUGCUGGUAUUAUGGAGGAGUGUUUGCUUGGUGGAACCAGGGUCAGUCUCCCGGAAGAUCUGCUGGAGGAUCCGGAUAUCUUUUUUGAUGUGGUGAGCCGCAGCACCUGGGAUGAGGUCCUGUCUCAGUCCCAGAGAGACCACUUGAGGAAGUUUCUUCCACAGUUCACAGAGAAUAACCUGGAGCGACAGGACAACAUCAUCACAGGGCUCUUCGAUGGAGAUAACGUUCGCUUUGGUAAUCCUCUGUACAUCGCUCAGAAACUCUUCCGAGAUGGUUACUUUAACCCGGAGGUGGUUAAGUACAGAAGGCUGUGUAUGAAGUCACAGUAUAAACGUUACCUGUACUCCCAGCAGCAGUACUUCCACAAGCUGCUGAAACAGAUCCUUAUCUCCAGAAAGGAGUUGCUGGAACUGGCGAGAAAGAGUGGUCCUGACAUGACCCUGAAGAGGAAGUACCAGGCAAUCUCCAGCCAGAAAGAGGAGGAGAGGCGAGUACACAGUCGAUAUGAAAAGAUUCUGCGAGAGGUCAAGGAAGAGUGUGAAGAUAACAGCAUCUCAUCUGAUGAGGAAGAGCUGUGCUCCUGGCUCCCAAACUCUCCAACACAUCCCACAAGUCCCAGUGUGGCGCUGAGAGCUGUACCCACCCUCUGCACACAGGACAUGAAGACAGUCAAUAAACCUGAACUGGGAGAUGAAGAGUUGAAGAUAAUGUUAAGGAAACAUGUUGAAAAGCGAAGACAACAGCCGGACCAUCCAGAUCUAGCUACUGGUGACCUUACUCUCAAUGACAUUAUCACCCGGAUGAAUGCUGGCCGUAGGGGCUCUCUAGCAGCUUUAUUAGAUCUUACAUUCCCAAAGAAGCGAGUGAAAGAUAAAGAGGAGAGGAAGAAAAAGAAACUCAAAGUGAUAAAAACGGAGCCAGAAGAUUUGGCAGAAUCAUCAGGAGCUGAGGGAGCUACUGCAGCAGCACCUGAGCAGCAGAUCGUAACCAGGCCAGUCACUGCUCCUGAACAGACUCUGGAUGCGACAAAACUCACAGCAAUUCCUGGGAUAACAGCAAGUUUCUUUGGUUUGCUGCAGGAGAUUUUACUGGCAGAGGGAGAGGCAAGUGUGGCCGGGAUUGAGGAGAAGGUGCUUGAGUGGCAGAUCUCUGCUCCCAGUACGUUAAACUCUUGGUUCUCAGAUGCCUCCAACUGGUCAGAACUGGUUCAUUCUGCUCUCCGCUUCCUUUCUGGCGAAGGUGGGAGUGGAAUGUCUACACUUCCCUCCAACUUUGCACCCUAUGUAAACUGCACAGAGCGAGGCCAGCAGUGGAAAUGGAUUGGUUCUGGACGGGAUUCGGAGAAAGAAGUGACCUCGUUGUGUCAGCUGUGGUUUGAGGUUAAGGAUCAGACGUUUCCCAAGGAAUCUGAGGAACUUCCAGACAUUGCACCCCCAACACCCAGAGUCAGAACGGACUAUGUGGUGAGACCCAGCACUGGAGAUGAAAAACGUGUUUUCCAAGAGCAGGAGCGGCAGCGAUACAGCCAGCCCCACAAAGCCUUUACCUUCCGCAUGCAUGGCUUUGACUCUGUUGUGGGCCCGGUAAAGGGAGUGUUUGACAAGGACCCUUCUCUCAACAAGGCACGCGAACAUUCUCUGCUGCGAUCCGAUAGGCCAGCCUACGUCACCAUUCUGUCACUGGUGCGAGAUGCAGCUGCCCGUCUUCCAAAUGGAGAAGGGACUCGUGCAGAGAUCUGUGAGCUUCUGAAAGACUCUCAGUUCCUAGCUCCUGAGGUCACCAGUGCCCAGAUUAACACUGUUGUGAGUGGGGCUCUGGACAGGCUACACUAUGAGAAAGAUCCCUGUGUGAAAUAUGAUAUUGGGCGCAAGCUGUGGAUCUAUUUGCACCGGAACCGGAGUGAGGAGGAAUUUGAACGAAUUCACCAGGCCCAGGCUGCAGCGGCUAAAGCCAAGAAGGCGUUGCAACAGAAACCUAAGCUGACAACCAAGAUCAAGUCCUCUGGUAAGGAGAGUGCAACAAAGCUCCCUCUUUCUGAGCAGUCUCUGGGAUCCCAGGUGUUGGCUGAUUCCAGCUUGCCUGUAACACCUGUAACUCCAGUAACUCCCACAUUACCAGUUACACCCACAUCAUCACCGGUAUCGACUGAUGGCAACAAAGUUCAAACAACUAGUGCACCAGAACUGGUCAAAUCAGGUCAAAGCGUUUUGUUGGUGUCCUCACCGACAAUGCCUCAGCUUGGAAACCUUCUAUCUGGAACACAGCCAGGACAGUAUACUGGAUCACAGACUCAGGCACGGGUCCUGUCUCAGUCUGUAGCAGCUCCUCUACCUCAGGUCCGGGUAGUCUCUGCUCAGCAAGGCUUGGCUUCCAGUUCACACCAAGCCUCUGUAGUACAACAAGUUCAACAACAUCAGCAUCAGAUCCGGCUGCCGACAGUCACUGCGGCUGCUCACACUAAAGUACUGCCUCAGUCUAUUCUGACAGUGCCAGUGAAGGCUCAGUCUGGUGUCAGUACUGUCCACAUCCAGCAGAGCUCUGCAAAAGCAAAUCUGACAAUGGCUGGAAUCAGUGCUGCUUCAAAAACAGUGUCCAGUACACUGAACGGAACCACAUCCAGCUCUGCUAGCACCAUCAUACAGAGUGUAGCUGGACAAAGCAUCAUGAGACAGGUUGCUAUUGCAGGCCAGCUUGGGAUGAAGACACAGUCUAGUACUGGGAUCCCACUCACAGCAACAAACAUCCAGAUCCAGGGCAAAGAUGUUCUGCGGCUGGCACCAUCCUCAAUCACCACUGACUCCAAGGGCCAGACGGUGCUUCGCAUUACACAGGACAUGAUGGCCACACUGACCAAAGCACCAGUCACCACUGUGAAACUCACCCCAGACAUGCUUGGAGGUAAAGGCAUUUCAGCCACUCUACAUGUCACUCCAGCCAUGCCACCAACAGAUUCCAUGGUGAAGGCAUCCACCAGCACCACCUCCUCCACCACCUCCACAGUGGUCAAGGUGACACCAGACUUAAAAGUAACAGAGGCAAGCAGCACAGCCAUCCGGCUAAUGCCAGCACUGGCUGUAACAGUAGCUGACCAGAAGGGUAAGGCCAGCGCUUCUCUCUCGUCAACAGACACCAAGCCGGCAGCUACCAUUCGAAUAAUGCCUGGACUUGGGGUCAUUCCCAAAUCAGGACAGGCCAUUGCUGUGGCAACUUCCAGCAAACUGUUCACAGCUGCUGGUACAAUGACAUCAGCUGCAGUAACUCUGGCAACAGCAGGAUCAAAGGCAAUUACCAAAGUAACACCAACUGCUGGACUGCCAAUCUCUAUAGGAACAGGUACAACUACAGUGAGACAGGUUCCUGUUAGUGCAACUAUGGUGUCCACAACACAGGCGACCAAGUUGCCCGCAACAAUCACUGUGCCGUUAUCUGUACUAAACCAACCACUUAAAGGAAAAGGGGUGAUGGCAGGACAAAUCAUCAAGGGUAACCUUGGGGCAAAUAUCAGUGGACUUGGUAGAAACAUCAUUCUAACGACCAUGCCAGCGGGGACCAAGCUAAUCACUGGGAACAAGCCUGUAAGCUUUGUCACAGCACAGCAACUCCAGCAGCUUCAACAGCAAGGACAGGCCACACAGGUGAGGAUUCAGCACCUGCCAGCUCAGCAGCUACACCAAGGAACAGUCAUCAGCUCCACCAAACCUAUCUCCACUGUUGUCGUGACAACUGCACCAUCAGUGAAUCAGCAACAGGACCAGUGAAUAAUGGAGCAGGACUGUCAGUCAUGAGUGCCCAGAGGGAUUUAUUUAUUACCCAGAUCAUCCACUGUCUACUCAUUAUUUCAUGAUUUGUGUCUGACUGGCAGCUGUGCCCAGUGCUUGGGAACCUGCUCCCUUUCUCCCCUCAUGUACUGACUACAAGUGUAAUCUAUUUCAAUCUAUAAAACUAUAUCAUUACAAACCUGUACAGUAAAUGCAAUAAAACAGCUUCUGAGUCAUGUA